GUUUGAAGGAAGCUGUGAAAUCUGAUAGCAUCAUUGCAGCAGCCCUUGGUGGAGAGGCAAAUCUCUAUUGCAACUUCUCGCUCUCAAUGGAUGUUUUACAAGUCACCUGGCAGAAGAAAAAUGGGUCUUCCUUCCAGAACAUAGCCACCUACAGCCCAAACCAUGGGCUGAGGAUGAUAGGGUUGUUUGAGAAGAAAGUGCACUUCACUAGAGCAACCCUGAAGGCCUCGGCUAUCACACUCCAAAAUCUCACAUUCGAGGAUGAGUCCUAUUACAAAUGCAUUUUCAAUGUGUUCCCUUAUGGCUCUUUCAGCAAAGAUAUAUGCCUCAACAUCCAAAGUAAGAGAAGUACAAACAGAUCAGGUGUAAAAAUGCUGGGUUUUGGUUCCCCCAAUACCAGAGAAAUAACAAAUGAGUACAAACUGGUGAAUGUUUCACUUCAAGCCCAACUUCUGGAAGAGGACCCAAAAAAAUGUGCUCAGAAGAGCGUAAUCAUCAUGGCAAUCUUAAUAGCUGUGGUGUUCCUAACAAUCUUGAUACUCUGGGUCAACAGAAAAAGGAAAAAACUAAAAAGACAUAGUCCACCCAGAACACCUGCAAAGAAGAAAGGCUCACACCAAGACCUAAGCGAGAAAGCCGUGAACCCAGACACACCAAAGCACCAGCAUGUCGUUUAUCAAAACGAG